AUUAAAAUGUGAACAGUGAAACUGAGUGUGUGUGUGUAUAAGUCAGUUUAUCUAUCAUUUAUUGAUUUAUCAAGCAACUCUAACAAUGGCAAGCAAAUAUAGUCAUUACACAGAAGAGAUUUAUUCGCCGUAGAUAUAUAUAUAUUCAAUUUGUUUACUGUUUUUUUAAACUAUAUUUCUAAUGCAUUAUUCAACGAAACAAUUUGGAUAUUUCACACUCUUUACAAUUAUUGUAUUGCAUGCUUAUAUUUUUCUGGAUGAUGCAAAAGCAUAUCUUGUUAAUCAAUACUAUGGAGCAGUGAUGCUAUUUUCAAAUCUUUUCGAUGAACCCUAUCAAUCCUACUUACAUGUAUUUUUAACUUAUGCACCAAUUGUUGUCUUCAUGUGUACUAUGAUCUGUUCAACAAUAUUGAUUGGAUUAUGGAUUAUUUAUAAAACAUUGAAAUGGAUUGUAUAUAAUGCUUGGUUGGAGAUAUGUUAUCCAGUUGUCUGUUUAUUGAAGUAUGUAAUGAGUAAGGUAGUGAAGAGAAUGACUACAUCUCAUCAAGAUGAACAACAUAUCAAAGCUGAAUAAUAAUAAUAAAUCUUGUCCCUUUGUCAACUACUUUCCAAACGAUUAUUAUUAUUUCUCAGUCAACGAAUUAGUUGUCAAACCUCUUGAUUACGUGAGAAUAUUCCUAAUUUUUUCAAACAUAUUUAUUAUUAAUCCAUUUUGAUUUGCUUUAUUAUUAAAUGAAGUUGCGAAAAGAGGGGGUCUCUUUGCUGACUCAUGUAUUCCUAAUUACGUGAAAUCAGAAUUUUUCAUACUCCGACUAGUACUGUUUAACUAAAUGAUAAGUUAAUAGAAGGAAUCGUCUUUAUUCGCCCUGAACCUCUUUCGCACACAGACACACUCUCAGUGCAUAUGUACAUGUUUGCAAAUACAUCGUCGACUGCCCACAUGAUUUCAUUUAAUGUACGAUUACUCUAAAAGUGACAGCCCACGAAUUACAACAGUAUUUAUGUCAUUAUUAUUAUUGUUAUCCCCUUGAGUUCCGGGUGGAACAUAGGGCUUCAACAACCAAUCUACACUUUGUUCUAUUUUCUACUGACCUCUUCAGGUGUGUCCACAAUCGCCUAUAAUCUCUCAUCUCCUCCUCGCCAUACAAUCUCCUCCAUAUCACCCUCGGACUGACGACCCAUUCGUCGCUUCCCAUUGGGAUUCCACUCGAGCCAUUACCUGGCUAGCGAUAUCACUCGACAGUGUCCUCAAUAUAUGCCCGAUCAAUCCAUCUCCAUUUUCUAUUAAAUAUUUGUUGAGCGAUCGGUUCUUGCUUUGUUGGUUUGCUCCCAGCCAGGGUUUCUUGCUACUAAUUCUUUCUGGCCGGCUGGCUGGCUUUGACAACUUCAUCCGUUCCGACUGCCUGUGGUUGAAACCCUGCUUCCUAGAUAAGUGAAGGAAGGAAGUAACCUCGGUUAAAUCUCACCCCCUUGAUUGUGAUUGGUGCUGAUUAUUGUUGUUGUUGUUGGCCGGUUAUCUUCGUCACCUCCGUCUUCUAUAUGUUCACCUGCAGUCCUGUCUUCACUGCACUGUCUUCUUCAGCCAGUUUGUUGUUUUUCACCUAUCUUCUGGAGUCCUCUUAUCACUGGUCCAACUUAUUCCUGUAUCUCCUUGACACGGGUCAUGAAGUGGACGUCGAAAAGUCGUUCAAAAUUAUCAAUAGGCAGAAGAGCUAAAUUCUCCUUAAGUUUGCUGAAGCCAUUUCCAUCAAGCGCCUGAAACCUGAUUUAUGCUUCCAGAAAGAAGCAGUUAUCAGUCUUUCUUUGCCCUGGUAACUAAAUAUUUUUCACCCGAAUGCUAAAUGGUGAAAAGUUUCCACUGUAUAUGAUUAUUAUUGUUCGGAAUAGUGCUUAAUAUUACAUAUAUAUAUAUUAUUACUGUAUGCAUAUAUUGAUCGAUUGAUUGAUUUUUGUUUAAAAUGAACUCUGUGCAAAUAUGUUAAAAUUGUUUGUGUAGAUAUAUUCAAUAAUGUCUUUGGUCUGUAAGCAGAUAAGGAGAAUGCAACGAAAUAAAAGAUGGUACCACUUUAUUCUGCAAAAACUUU